UGUCCAGUAGGAAUGUACGGUAACGGUGACUGUAACCAAUUAUGUCCGGCGAGCUGUUACGGAGGCAACUGUAACUCUAAAACGGGUUCUUGCAUAUACUGUUCUCCAGGAAAAUACGGCACUGUGUGUGAAAAUGAUUGCUCUGCGAAUUGUAAAGACAGUUUCUGUAAUAAAGACUCUGGAUUUUGUUUAGAAUGCAUUCCUGGAAAGUUUGGGGAUACCUGCAAUCAGGACUGUUCUGUCAACUGUAAGGACAGUAUGUGUGCAAAGAACACCGGAUACUGUACUGAUUGUGUUCCUGGCAAGUUUGGUAACACAUGUGAACAAAACUGCUCCGUAAACUGCUUAAAUAGACUUUGUGCCAAGGACUCAGGGAAAUGUGAUGAAUGCAUUGUGGGAAAGCAUGGACAAUUUUGUGGCAAUGACUGCCCAGUUAACUGUAAAGACAGUGUGUGUGCCCGGGAUUCUGGUAUCUGUAAUGAAUGCAUUACCGGAUAUUACAGUAGUAAAUGCGAUCAGAAUUGCAGUACAGGUUGUGAAAACAGCAAUUGUUCUUUUAACUCGGGACAUUGCUUUGCCUGUGUUCCGACGAAGCGUGGUGAUACUUGUAACCUGGAUUGUCCACCCAACUGCAAUAGCGAAGUUUGCGAUAAAGACACGGCAGCUUGUUCAAGUUGUGCAGCGGGGUUUUAUGGAACGAAGUGUUCGAUGGCUUGCGGCGGCAACUGUUCAGAAUGUACCCAAGAAAGUGGUCAAUGCACAAAAUGUCAGGUAGGUUUGUACGGGACGAAUUGCACCCUGGCAUGCGGCCAUUGCAGUAGCUGUCGAUUUGAUUCCGGUAUAUGCAUGGUUCCUUGUGAUUCUGGAUAUGAAGGAAGUCUCUGUCAAGCCAAACAAGUCCCGGUUACCGAGAGUCCACCAACAGUAGACGCAGGGCCUAUAGCAGGAGCUAUUGUAGGGGUGAUUGUUGUCGCUGUCGUCGCCGUUGUGAUAGUUUUUCUCAUCAGAAGGCGUCGACUGAGUGCUGCUAAACAAGAUGCAUUUGUUGAUAUCGGUCGUAGCAACGUCGACGAGAAGCGAAUAUAUGACAAACCGCUAGAAAGAGCAGACUCGAACCGCAAGAGACCCGAUAAAAAUGUCUAUAGUAAUGUUUUAGUUUCCGACGAACAACCAGACGAGCUGCCUAAGGACUCCGCCAAUGUAUAUGUAAACGCUCAGCAGGUAGCGCGGAAAUCAGGAGCCGGUGAUAGCGUCUACUAUAAUUCCGGUCCUAUUGGGUUUCCUGUCUCCACCCUCAAAUCUCUUGUUCAAACAAAACUGAAAAACAAGGCGAAGGCUUUCCUGGACGAAUACAAAUCAAUACCAUCUGGAGAUUUACACGAGCAUAGUGUUGGAAUACUACCACAAAACAAGGCAAAGAAUAGAUUUAAGACUACAUUUCCGUAUGAUCAUUCCCGUGUGAUCCUUGAUACCAUUGGAAAAGAUCCACAUUCCGACUACAUCAAUGCCAACUACAUCGACAGUGUCACAAAAACUGCGGAAUACGUAGCAACACAAGGACCAAGGCCUGGCACUGUUAACGAUUUCUGGCGGAUGAUUUGGCAACUGAAGUCUGGCAAAAUUGUCAUGUUGACAAAUCUGAUAGAAGGGGCCAGGCCAAAGUGUGACAAGUAUUGGCCAGAUGAGGGAGAACCUUUGACCACGGCAAAUUUCAACAUCACCCUUGACAGGGAAAGGUCGUAUGCCUUCUACGUCAUCCGGGACAUUACAGUUACAGAAAAGAAGACAAAGUCAGUCCGACAAAUACACCAAUUCCAUUACACAACGUGGCCAGACCACGGAACUCCGGAUCCGAACGAACUUGUCGUGUUCCAUCGCCGAGUGAAGAAUUACACAACUUUAUUGACUGGGAAAAUGGUUGUGCACUGCAGCGCCGGUAUUGGCAGAACAGGAACGUUCCUUGCCCUGGAUGCUUUACUAGAAUACGGGAAGGAGUUUGAAAGAAUUGACGUCAUGCAAUACAUUAUAACCAUGCGGAAGGAUAGGGUCAAUAUGGUUCAAACUGUGGAACAAUACAUUGCUAUACACCAGCUGCUGAUAGAAGCCUUCGAUAUGCCAGACACCUUAAUUUCUAAGAUGAAGUACCACUCUGUACUUACUGCACUCUCUGAUGACGUACCAACGAACCAAACUAAACUCAGGAAAGAGUAUCAGUUGACACAAAGCUUGAAGCCAAAAUACGAGGAGUCUGAUAGUAAAGCUGGGUUACUACCGACCAACAAGACGAAGAACAAGACACUAUCAGUUCUAGCAGUGGACAGAUUCAGAGCCUAUCUGAGAUCUCACGAAAGUGACAGGACGGAUUACAUCAAUGCUGUAGCUGUACCUUCCUAUACGUCCAAAACUGGGUACAUCGUCACACAGACUCCUCUGGAGGACACCGUGAUGGAUCUGUUGACGAUGAUAAUGGACCACAGCUGUCAAACAAUUGUCAUCAUCGAGCCGGACGACAUUGACUGGCUUCCGGAGGAGGAUCAGAAGAAAACCAUUGGGGAUUUCACGCUAGAACAAAAAGGAAAAUCAUCAACGAUAUCAAAUGUUGAUUUGUUUGAAAUCGCAAUCACAAAUAGGAGUUAUGAUUUCAAUGACACCGUUCGAAUGUUCCACAUGACUGGAUGGGAUAGUGACUCGGCAGUCCCUCGGGAUUCGUCCACACUUCUUCAGCUGAUGGAACUUGUUGACAGCAGACGUAAAUCGGACGAUACCAAGACAACAGUAGUUAUGUGCCGAGACGGAUAUUCCCAGAGUGGACUCUUCUGUUGUAUCAGCAGUUCGAGAGACCAGAUGAAGUCUGACGAGGAGGUCGACAUAUUUCAGAUUUCUCGUCAACUGCUUGUGAGACGUCCAGAAUUUUUAAUACGUUUUGAACAAUACCAGUGCUGUUAUAACAUGAUCAAGGAUUACUUAGAGACAACAGACGUCUACAUGAACUGACACUAUUCUGGAUUCCCGUAUACUGAAGGACUGGUAUCAGCGUUAUAUAUUUACAUUCAGUAUACUUGAAAGCAUUGGCAAAAAUUGUAUUCAUUUUUCAUAACAACAUUAGCCUCAUCACAGAGUGUAGUAAUGUCGGGGACCGUGUUACCACGGGUAGUACUCUCCGCCGUAGGAUUUUUUUAUCCUCUCGUAUUCUUUUAAAUAACACGAUCAAUGUAGCAUUUACAUACAUCUGAUGUUGUUUCCGUCAUUUAAAUGUUCAAAACAGAAAAAAACCGCUCCAAAAAUCUCACAGAAUAAGUAUUGUAGUUGGAACUACAUUUUGUUCGUGUUGUUGAUAUGACGGUUGCCAAGACCGUGCCAAGAACUGUCUCGCACUUUCCAGCGAAAACGGCUGUUCUCUCUCCGACGUCACUCCCUAAAUAAACAUGAAAAAUGCAUUGUUUUGAAUAUUGGGUGCUUUAACAGAUAAAAUGAAAAAUAAUCAUAAUGUCAAUAUAAGGAAUGAAAAUGUUUUUUCAACAUUCAUGAAGUCAUGACAACAUUGGCUUCUGGACACAUUUACCAUGAAUCGCUAACGCGAAAAGUGAUAACCAUACACGGUAGGACUUGUACCAGUGUUAUGAAUAAUAUAUAGUUUAUUAAAGUAGAACAUACACUAGUUAUCAAACUUGUGUUAUUAAAGGGUGAUAAUUUAAACUGAACCUCACCUUUGCAACAUUACUUUUAAUAACAUUAUGAAACCACAAGACCGCCACAUCACAACAUCACGUCAUCACGACACCUCGACAUCACGAUAGCACAACUCCACGACACCACAGCAUCAUAUCACCAUCAUAUCACGAUACCACGACACUUAGACAUCACGACAUCACAACAUCACGAUAGCAUAACUCCACCACAUCACGACACCACA